CCGCACGGAGCGCACAGUCCUGCCUGGAGCCAGCCGGGCACGUCGGCGCCCCGCAGGAAAGAGCGCGCCGGAGCAAAGCAGGGACUCGCUCGCUCGCUCGCUCGCUUAAACGGUCAGCUGGAGAGACAGGACCCAGCCCUGAGUCACGAGGAGCAGAGGAGGCCGGCGAGAGAGGCCUCUGCAUGCUCCACACCGGCUGGCCUCCCUGCAAGAGGAGGUGGACUUCCCCCAACUUGGCAGCCUCCGCCCUCGCCUCCCGCCCCAGUCAUGGUGGGUCACCUGCAGCUGCAAGGAAUGGAAGACAGCCUAAAGGAGAAGAACCGCGAAGGCCUGCUGGAUAGCCCGGAUUCAGGGCUUCCCCCUAGCCCGAGCCCGCCUUUUUACUCCUUGUCUCCAGGCAUCAUUGAGAGCAGAGCUGGGGGAAGCAGCUCUUCCACGGAUACCCUGGGGCAUGGGCACAGGAAGGAUGGCAAAGAAGGGAAGCUGAUCCCUUAUGUUCUUCUGAAUGCCUCCACAUCAGAAAUAAGACCACGAAUGUACCCUGUGUUUUUUGGAGAAAGCAUAGAGGUCAAUCCUGAACCAGCACAAGAAAUUAGGUGCAACUCUGAGGUAAAAUAUGGCUCUGAGAGGCAUUACAAGGACGACAUUUUCUACUGCCCGAUUCCCACUGUCACCACUUACAGAGAAACCAUCAUUGCUGCUCCCAACUGCACAUGGCGAAAUUACAAGUCCCAGCUCAUCUUUGAGCCUCGCCAGAAGCCCCUGAGAUUCCAGAGUACCACGAUCAUCUUCCCCAAACACGCCAAGAACAUUUACCGAACCACCCUCAACUACAGCCUGGGUUCUGCCAAAAGGUGGUUUGCUUCAAGCGUGCAGCUAGAGCUGUGUGAGGAGAACAGCCCGUGCAUUGUGUACACAGAGAGCCUCUAAUGCAAUACUUUGCCUACUGGAGAACUUUUGACUACAACACCCGUCUGAAGCUUAGGCCUGAGUUGGAGGGGAUGUCUUUUAAGACUUACCAGCCUUUGGCUGAGAGCAUCCAUUAAAUGGCACCAGGGUCAUUAGUUUUCACACACGAUCUUGGAUGUACACAGUCCAAGUGUUUUGCCUGCUCAAAGAAGCAGCUGAGGGAGAUAUUCUCAUGUGUGAAGUGGCUAAAACUGGGUUUCGAUACCUCUCAGCUUUGAAUUCAACCUGCUUAAUUAGCACUUAAAUGCAAUCUUAAUACUUGUUUGCCAUUUUAAAAACAAACAGUGCUGCUUUGUAUAUGUUUCUGGAGUUUCCACAUUAGCAUGUGGAAUACUGCUGAGAAUUCCUUUGGAGAAGACUAUUAUGUCAAAGAAGACCAUCUCCAGUUUGGCAACGUAGCUUCCAAAGACAUCAGGUAGAUUGUGGCAGGCAGUUUUUAACCAUAUUUAAUACGAAUUCCAUCCUGAAAGAUUAACUAGAAGCCCAGCUCAAUGGUUAUGGUGCCAUGGUUGUGGUUAACUCAUAGAUGUUGCCACUGAAAUAAGAAUGGAAAGGAGCAUGACAACUUUUUUUUGCAGUUGGUGAGGAGUUGUCAAAUCAUUAUGCAGUCUUGGAAACCAGGUGUUUAUAAUGCCUUGGUGUUUAACUGCAAAGGAAACCAAGAAGAAGAUUCCUUUGGCAAUGGUCAUCUUCUAGGGUGGAUGUAACAUAAGGAAAAUAGCUGAAGGUUUAGUAUAAAGUUGUGUGGGGAAAGAGUUUACAUAUGAACUCAUUCCUGCAGGAAGCUGGUUUUUUUUGACAAUCGAAUCGUAAGAUAAUAGCUUUUUAAAAGACAGUGCCUGGGACCAAAGGCCUUGUUUACUUUCUGUGAUAAAGGACUGUAAAACUCAGGCCAGGGUUUCCCAGUUGGGAGGCUUGGCUCUUUAAGGGCAUAAGACAGAAGAAUCGCAGUUGCUCAGAUUUGCAGGAACACAAACCUAGUAAACCCGAAGAAAACAGAUGGGAUAGGAAGCAACUGCAUGGAGACAAAAAAGGAAGGGAAGGAAUCUGGAAGUGGUGGCUUAAUUGUGCAAGCUGCUGUGCAAUUAAAAUUGUGCACAGGAUGCACUAUAAUGAUUUGAUCACAAUUAGACUUCUUUUAAAGAUUAUGCCUUUGAAUGGGGAAAGAUGCAUAAUUAAAUAUAAUGGUGCACCUAAUGUGCAACAAUUAUUUGAUCUCCAUUAUGCUGCUUAGAAAGAUUGCUCUUUUGAAUGGAGAACAAUGUGCCUAUGGCCGUGUUUGCGUGAAACAGUAAGCCAGAAUUCUGGAAAAUCCUUACUUACCAGCUGUAAGCUGGUACAUGGAACUUAUUCACUGGCUCCUCCUGCCUGCAAG